GUGGUGGAGUCAGCGUGCGUGGGGGUGAAGCAGCUGCUUCUUUGUCCCUGUGGUUCGCCAGCUCGCUCUCUUUUUCCCUGACUUUUGGGGAAAAUUUAAAAUUCCGCGUUUACCCCUCUUUCUCUCUCUGAAAAUCUCUCUCUCUCUCUCUCUCUCUAAGCGCGGUGACAAUGGCUUCUGCAAAACCCUAGCCGCCAUGCCUAUUGAAGGAACCAGAUACGGCAACCGUACCUGUGUCGGUUGAGUUAUUCAAUUCGUCUGUGCCAAAAUGAUGGUAGUUUCGUAGGGUUUCAGAGUUUUUCUUUUGGAAGGUCCUAUAUCUCUGAAAGCAAAUUCGUAAUCUCUGCAGACAUAACUGAUUUUGAGAGUUUUGGGUUGGCUGUUAGGGGUAAAAUCUGGGGAUAAAGUACUUACCCUUGUAAGAAUGGCUGAAGACAGCCCACUGAUUGGUGGGCUUUCUUCUGGCUUGGCCGUGAUAUUGAAUAAGGAGGAUAGUGGGGAGAGUUCAUCAAAAUCUCGACUCGUUUCAUUUUGCGAUGAUAUUUGCCACCAAUCAGUGGAGCGGACUCUUGAAUAUAUUUUUGGUCUCCCAAACAAGUCGGUUGGUUUGUUAUCUGGUCAACCUGACAGCGACCUAGUCCGUGCUAUCAUACAGAAUGAAUUUUCAGAAUUUCAUGCAAACUUAGGGACAUCCGACACAAAUAUAGAUGGAGUUUGUAUUGUUGAUAAUGGUAGUGGACCCCAUGUCGUUGGCCUUAAAGACGAAAGUAUCUGUGGAGAUAUUAGAAUCAUUAAAUCACCUUUACUUGUAGAGAGCUUAGCAAUGUUCAGCAGUGUCAGGGCUAAUGCUUGCGUGUGGAAAGGAAAAUGGAUGUAUGAAGUGAUAUUAGAAACUUCGGGCAUUCAGCAGCUAGGAUGGGCGACUGUUUCUUGCCCUUUCACUGAUCAUAAGGGUGUUGGUGAUGCUGAUGAUUCUUAUGCAUUUGACGGGAUGAGGGUUAGGAAAUGGAAUAAAGAAGAUGAACCCUAUGGUCAGCCAUGGGUUGUUGGUGAUGUUAUUGGAUGCUGUAUUGAUUUGGAUUGCAAUGAAAUAUCUUUCUGUAGGAAUGGUGUCUCCCUUGGGGUGGCAUUUCAUGGGAUUCGUAAAAUGGGCCCAGGAGAUGGAUAUUAUCCUGCAAUUUCUCUUUCUCCAGGUGAACGAUGUGAAUUGAAUUUUGGGGCCCGUCCAUUUAAAUAUCCAAUUGAGGGGUACCGCCCACUUCAGGCACCACCACCUGUAAAUUCUUUUGCUUCUCAAAUGCUGCGGUGCCUUUCAAGGCUGUUGGAUUUGCGCUCUUUGGAGCGAGCUGAGAAUUCUUCUGUUGAGAAACUGACGAGAUUGAAGAGGUUUGUUUCACUUGAAGAACUUUUUAAUCCCAUUUCUCAUGGAAUAUGUGAGGAAUUUUUCUCUGUACUUGAAGCAGAUGUCAAAAGCAUAGAAUACAUUGCAUGGGGUCCAUUUCUGUUGUUCAUGAUGGAAGUAUUUGGAGUGCAAGCACCACAUGAUUAUUCAAGCUUGGAUAGAAUUCUUGAUAUCCUUCUAGAGUUUGAAGGAUCGUAUUUGUUGUUUGAGCACAUUAUAAAUGCUCUGUCAUCUAGUUGCAAAACAGCUAAGUUGGUCCUGACCGAGUGUCCAUGUUCAGGGUCAUAUCCCUAUCUUGCAUUGGCAUGCCAUAUUUUGAGACGAGAAGCACUGAUGGUGCUCUGGUGGAAGUCAACAGAUUUUGAGUUACUGUUUGAAGGUUUCCUUUCUCGAAAGAGUCCAAACAAGCAGGAUCUUGAGUCCUUGAUGCCUUCUGUUUGGUGGCCUGGUUCAUCUGAAGAUGCUUCAUAUGAAAGCAGCAUGAUGUUAACAACUACAGCUUUGUCUGAUAUAGUGAGUAAGAUUGAGGAGAAGCAUAGGGAUCUCUGUCUCUUGGUCAUACAGUUCAUACCACCAGUAACACCUCCUCAGUUGCCUGGUUCAGUGUUUAGGACAUUUUUACACAAUCUCUUAUUGAAGAACAGAGGAGCAGAUCGCAAUGUGCCACCUCCUGGAGUUUCCAGCAAUUCUGUUCUUGUUUCUCUUUACACAGUCUUACUCCAUUUUUUAUCUGAAGGAUUUGGCGUGGGGGACAUAUGUGGCUGGUUGAAGAGAUGUGAAAAUAGCCCUGAUGUUGGAUUUCUUCAUAGGGGUGGUGAGCGAAGUUUUCCCAUAGGCUUGUUUCUUAAAAAUGAUCCUCAUCAAAGAGACAUUUCUAGGCUUGGAGGAUCAUUUAGUCAUUUAUCAAAAGCACAUCCUGUGAAGGAUCAGGAAGCAGAAGUAAUUCGGUGGGAAGAAGGUUGUAUGGAUGAUGAAGAAACCAGAGUAACUCAUUUAAGCACACAAAAACCAUGUUGUUGUUCAAGUUAUGAUGCUGAUUUCACAAGAAGCUUGAAGGACCCAAUAAGAUACUCAGGCAAAGGUUCUCGUUCCCAUUGCAAUCCUAUUCCAGAGAGAUCUGCUCAUGUUGGUUCAGAAUGCAGUGCUGGAAGUUUAAAUGAUGAGAUAGAAGAUAAACCGAGCUCCAGUGAUCAGUCUGAAUCAGAGUUUGGUUACUGUCCUGUGCAGCAUAUUAGAUUUGUUCCAAGGGAAGGUAAUUUGUCUUCAGCUACCCUGCGAGAAGAAGAACUUCUAGAUGUUCUGCUGUUGUUGUAUCACAUAGGUCUUGCUCCAAACUUUAAGCAGGCAUCAUAUUAUAUGUCUCAUCAAUCGCAAUCAAUAUCCCUCCUGGAAGAAGCUGAUAAACAAAUAAGAGAACGAGCCUGUAGUGAGCAAUUAAAGCGCUUGAAAGAAGCUCGUAAUGGUUAUCGAGAAGAAGUUAUCGAGUAUGUCAGACAUUGUGCAUGGUAUCGCAUCUCGUUAUCUUCUCGAUGGAAGCAAAGAGGGAUGUAUGCAACAUGCAUGUGGACUGUACAGCUGCUGCUGGUUCUUAGCAAAUUGGAGUCAGUGUUCGUUUAUGUCCCUGAAUUUUAUCUGGAAGCUCUGGUUGACUCCUUUCAUGUGUUGCGAAAGAGUGAUCCUCCAUUUGUUCCUUCAUCUAUAUUUAUCAAGCAAGGGCUUACUUCGUUUGUCACUUUUGUAGUCACACACUUCAAUGAUCCUAGAAUAUCAAGUGCAGAACUUAGAGAUCUUCUUCUUCAGUCUAUCUCAGUCCUGGUGCAGUACAAGGAAUAUUUAGCUGCUUUCGAGAGGAAUGAAGCAGCCAUUCAAAGGAUGCCAAAGGCACUGCUGUCGGCAUUUGAUAACAGAUCCUGGAUUCCAGUCACUAACAUUCUACUGCGGUUGAGUAAGGGAUCUGGAUUUGGUUCAUCAAAGCGUGGAGAAUCAUCGUCUUCAUCAGUAGUUUUUCAGAGAUUGUUAAGGGAGGCUUGCACCAAUGAUGAAGGGUUGUUUUCAGCUUUUCUCAAUCGCCUAUUUAACACGCUCAGCUGGGCAAUGACUGAAUUUUCAGUUUCUGUUCGAGAAAUGCAAGAAAAAUACCAGGUACUAGAGUUUCAGCAAAAGAAAUGCAAUGUUAUAUUUGAUCUCUCAUGCAAUCUUGCAAGGGUUUUGGAGUUCUGUACGCGUGAGAUUCCUCAAGCAUUCCUGAUAGGAAGUGAUACCAACCUUAGACGGCUAACUGAAUUGAUUAUCUUUAUUCUGAACCAUAUCACAUCGGCAGCAGAUGCUGAGUUUUUUGACUUGUCACUUAGACGACAUGGUCAAUCAUUAGAGAAAGUAAAUCGAGGAAUGAUAUUGGCACCUAUUAUAGGGAUCAUACUGAAUCUAGUGGAUGCUAGUGAAGUCUUAGAAUAUAAGGAGUACAAUGAUGUUGCAGGUGUCUUUGCAAGUAUGGAUUGUCCUGACAGGGUACAUUGUGGAUUCCAAUACUUGUUGGAUUACAACUGGGCUGGAUCUUUCAGAGGGGAUGCUUAUCUUACUAAACUUACGCAGCUAGAGAGUUUUAUGAGCCAUCUUGUAAGCCGGAGCCAGUCACAAGAAGUUAGUAGUAUUGAAUGUGGAGGACAAGCAGAUUCAGAAGAUAGGGUCUGCUGUAUCUGUUAUGCAUGCGAAGCCGAUGCAGGAUUUGUGCCUUGUGCUCACAGGUCCUGUUAUGGCUGUAUAACAAGGCAUCUUUUGAAUUGCCAUAGAUGUUUCUUCUGCAACGCGACAGUCCAGGAAGUUGUCAAGAUUGGUGUAAAUACAGGUUAAAAUAUUGCUUUGUUAUUGUGGUUGCUUUUACAUCUUCUUCAUAAUAUGCAAUCUGAGCUGGCUGGUGACAGAUCCAUAGUUGUCGAUCUGAGCUGGUCAAGCAACUGGUCUGCGGUGCUGCUUUGACCUUAGAUUUGCAAAAAUGACAGGUUACAAAUGAAAGAGAAAAAUGAGGAAAGAAAAAGUAAGAAAGAAAGAGGAAUAAAAUAAUUUUGAGGUAGUGAAAAUUAGGAUCAUAUUUAUAUACUGUGUAAAAUGGGGUUGUUUGUAAGUUGGUGUGGAAGAAAGGGUUGGGGACAAGGUUAAGAAUUUUGUAGAGGAAGUAAGAGGGCAAUUAUUCUGUAAAUAUGAGAUGUAAAUGGAAAAGGAAAAAUCUUUUAGUUCUCUUUCUCUUUCA